AUGUCCCGGCUUGCUGAUUAUUUUGUUAUUGUCGGCUAUGAUAACGAUAAAGAACGAACUGCUGCUGGUAGCAGCCAAAUGUCAUGCGGCAAGAUCGUGCAGCGUUUCCCGGAAAAGGACUGGCCGGAUACGCCAUUUAUUGAAGGCAUAGAAUGGUUUUGUCAACCACUUGGUUGGGGUUUAUCGUACGAUAAGCAAGAACCGAAAUUUUUCACUUCCGUACUCACUGAUAUCGAUGCCAACAAGCACUAUUGCGCCUGCCUUAGCUUCCACGAAACAUUGGCCAUCACACUUAAUAAAGUCAUCGAUGAGGAGGAUGAAGCGGCGGCAACUGUCGGCGGUAUUGCUGGCUCGAAAUUUCAGCCACCCAUUGCGGGUAGCAGCAGUGGUGGUGGAAGUGGCAACAAUAGCAUUAUUUCACAUCACAGCGUCAUGUAUGCGCCGAAAUGUCUUGUGCUAAUAUCACGGCUCGAUUAUGCAGAGACUUUCAAGAACUGUCUCGGCACUAUUUACACCGCAUACAUUGAGAAUCUGCCUUACGCGCUGGAGAAUCUUAUUGGCAACAUACUUGGCUGUAUACAGGUGCCACCUGCUGGCGGUCCACAAGUACGUUUUUCCAUAGGCGCUGGCGAUAAGCAAUCGCUUCAGCCACCACAAUCACCAUCGCUGCCAGUAACGGGCACAGCUGUUUACUUUGUUUUUAAGCAGUUAGGUAUUAAGAAUGUACUUAUACUGCUGUGCGCCGUUAUGACGGAAAAUAAAAUUCUAUUUCAUUCGAAAAGCUACUCACAUUUGACUGAAAGCUGUAAAGCACUGGUAUCGCUCAUGUAUCCAUUCAGAUAUACGCACGUGUACAUUCCGAUACUACCAGCACCGCUAACCGAAGUGCUAUCCACUCCCACCCCCUUCAUAAUGGGCAUACACAGUUCACUGGUGAGCGAAAUCACCGAUCUGCUGGAUGUUAUCGUCGUUGACUUAGAUGGUGGUAUGGUAACGAUACCGGAAUCACUCUCACCACCAGUACCCAUACUGCCAUCACCACUUUGGGAGCAGACACAGGACUUGCUGGCAAUGAUAUUAUUUCCCAAUCUAUCACAGGCCGAUUUAGCCUUCCCCUCGCUCGAAAAGCCAACGAACUACCCAAAAUCGGAUGCUAUAAUUGAUAAGGAAUUGCGUGCGAUUUUCAUGCGACUGUUUGCGCAAUUGUUGCAGGGCUAUCGCUCAUGUCUGACCAUAAUACGCAUACAUCCAAAACCGGUGAUUACAUUUCAUAAGGCCGGCUUUCUUGGUGCUCGUGACUUAAUUGAAAGUGAAUUCCUGUUUCGCGUUUUAGACAGCAUGUUCUUCACCACAUUCGUAAAUGAGCGUGGCCCACCGUGGCGUUCUGCAGACGCUUGGGAUGAAUUGUACAGUUCGAUGAAUGAGAUUUUGAAGAGUGAGGCGCAAAAUAGGAGUUUGAUUUCAAUACACAUCCAGGAAUUGGGUAAAACGCUCUACGAAAACGAAUUUCCCAGCCAACAAGUUUACGCACAAAAAGUGCUCCGCCCACCAGACGGUUCCUUCCACCGCAUACAUCAGCCUGCAUUUCCACGCAUUAACAGCGAAAAAGUAGAGCUAAUCAUAAACGAUGGCAUGCGUAAGAAUUGCAUUUCGCAUCGCCUGACAGUGUUGCGUAAUCAAAUGCGCAUCAUACCCAUGGGUCCACGCUUGCCCGAAGUGCUGGAAGUGCGUCCGGCAGUAUUAAAUUCAGCGCGACGACUUGAGGUACUUAAAACUUGUGUUGCUUACAUUUUUGAAAACAAAAUUGCCGACGCGCGAAAGCUCGUACCGGCUGUGAUGCGCACACUCAAGCAUCGUGAUGCACGCCUCAUACUUUGUCGUGAACUAUUCGGCUAUGUGCAUGGUAAUAAGGCAAUACUCGAUCAUCAGCAAUUCGAUUUAGUUAUAAAAUUUAUGAAUAAAACCGUGCAAAAUUCCACCGGCGUCGAUGA